CCCACCAUUAAAUUUUAUUAACUAUUCUCUUCCCUCUGGAUUCUUACCCACUCUUUGUAUUUAACCCCGUCGGACCCUUUCCUCUCUUUCGCCCUUUAUGCAAUUAUUUUUCUUAUUAUUAAAGUUUUUGACCUUUUUGUUCUUUUGUUCUUUCUUCUUUGUGUUCUGGGGUUGUUCUGAUGGGGGACUUUGGGGGGAGCCCUUCUGGGCUGGAGCUGACCAUUGCUGUCCCUGGACUCAGUUCCUCUUCUGGCUCUGAAGGGGGUGGUUGCAAUGUGAGGGAGUUGGACAUAAAUCUACCUGCUAGUGGAGUCGAGGAGGAGUUCCCCAUGGGAAGCGUAGAGGAGGAGGAGGAAGAGGGGGGAACCCCCAGGCCGAAGAAGCUUCGGCUCUCAAAGGAGCAGUCUCGGUUGCUGGAGGAAAGCUUCAGGCAGAAUCACACCCUCAACCCUAAGCAGAAGGGGGCGUUGGCAACGAAGCUGAAGCUGAGGCCGCGACAAGUGGAGGUGUGGUUUCAGAACCGCAGGGCCAGGACAAAGCUUAAGCAGACGGAGAUGGAGUGCGAGUACCUGAAGCGCUGCUUCGGCUCGCUGACGGAGGAGAACCGCCGUCUCCAGCGCGAGGUGGAGGAACUGCGGGCCUUGCGGGUGGCUCCGCCGACCAUCCUCUCCCCUCACACCCGCCAGCCGAUGCCUGCCUCUGCGCUCACCAUGUGCCCUCGCUGCGAGCGCCUUACCUCGACUCCGCGUGCCGCCGCUACCUCCGCCGCCACCUCCACCAGGGUGCCGUCGGCCUCCCCUUUCCUCUCCCGAGGCCACCAUCCGUCCUCCGCCGCCUGCUAGGCUUGAGCAUGAUGCCGCAUGCGUGGAGAAGAAGGUGCACUCUUUUUUUAUUUUUGUCUCUAAAGAUGGUAACUUCUCUUUGUGAUAAGUUUUGUAAAUGGAAGAACUUUAGAAGUUGAAAGGGGUCUUUUCCCUCCCCACGCCCUGCUCACUUGGUAAACUUCUCUUAGUGCCUGGCUUUCAAUGGAUUGGCUACAUGGUUGUUUAA